AUGACCGAUGUGCCUGCGUUGCUCAUUGGAAUCGCCUUUCUAGCUGACGCUAAGCCUCACCACCGCCGACGAUUUCUCAAACAAGCCAUCAGUCAGCUGCCGGAAGAGACACGAAGCAAGUUGUACAGCCUUCACCGAAGCUCAGCAGGGCACGAGGUGGAUGCAAUGUUGGGGCCCAACUCGCACACCGUGACGGUCGCAGGGGAAGAUGUCCAUGUUGGGCUGUUUGCGGAGGUUGCGAGAAUAAAUCACUCGUGUCGGCCGAACGUAUACUUCAGGUUCUCGGAACGCAGAUUGACUAUGGAGGUCGUUGCUUACCAUGCCAUCGAGCCAGGGGAAGAAAUUGUCAUGAGCUGUAAACCCCCCGCUGAAGUGCGGCGAAAGUAUUUGAAGGAUCAUUGGGGCUUCGAUUGUGCAUGUUCGUUGUGCCGCGGGCCCCAGACGGCUGUCGACGAGUCUGAGAGCUGGAGACGGAAGAUCAAGAGUCUUAAAGGAACAAUUGCGAGCGCAAAAGCUGAAGGCUUCUACCGAGAUGCCAUUGCCAUGACCAAAGAGUGGCUCAUGUUUGCGGAAUGGGACCGACAGCCGCCGUUCAUGCCCGAGUAUUAUAGCGAGCUUGCUGAGCUGUAUUUCCUAAUGGGGGACACAGUUAACGCUACUCGGUAUGCGCGAAUGUCUCUGGAUGGCUGGGCAAGGUUUGGAAGCGUGGACGACGAGCAGGUGGAGAAGGCGAGAUUAUUUCUCCACCGUCUUGAGCAAUGA